AUGGCCCGUCCUUCGCUUUCACGAUCCAAUCCCCUCGGAUUCACACCAUGGCCCGUCACCGUUAUCACGGCGGUCGUGUACCUUGCGCUAGUGGUGCCUUUACUUGUCGUCCAUCAUGUCGUGCCUUCGGCUCCUGGCUCGAACCCGAAUGGACUGAAUCUCACCGAAGCCUGGGCUGAUCUGCAGGUGCUCACGAACGGGUUCCACCCGUACAACUCCCACCGCAACGAUGAGGUGCACGAGUGGCUUCUGAAACGAAUCCAUGAGCUUAUCGACAGCGCACCACCCGCGAGCGAGUAUGAAUCGGUCGACGAGGAGAAGCCAGACGUCUUUGUCUUUGACGAUACGCAGUCGAACCUCACUUUCUCCGGCCGCGGGUCGGGCCUCGGGGUGUAUUUCGAAAGCACCAAUAUCAUGGUGUAUAUCCGGGGUUGGGAAGAGGACCGGGAGCGCUGGUGGGAAGACCCGCACGGCCGGCCGGCGGGCAAGGGCGGCGUUCUGGUGAACGCACACUACGACAGCGUGUCGACGGGAUACGGGGCCACCGAUGACGGGGUAGGCGUUGUCUCGUGCCUCCAGCUGAUCAAGUACUUCACCACGCCUGGGCAUGUCCCGCGCCGCGGGCUGGUGGUGCUCUUCAACAACGGAGAGGAGGAUUUCCUGAACGGCGCGCGCGUGUACAGCCAGCACCCCAUCUCGCAGCUGCCGCAUACGUUUCUGAACCUGGAGGGUGCGGGUGCGGGCGGGCGGGCGACGCUGUUCCGGAGCUCGGACGCGGAGGUCACGAAGCCGUACAUGCGGGCCCUGCAUCCGUUUGGAUCAGUGUUGAGCGCGAACGGGUUCGAGGCGGGCCUCAUCAGCAGCCAGACGGACUAUGUGGUCUUUGAAGGGGACCUAGGCCUGCGCGGCCUAGACGUCGCGUUCAUGGAGCCCCGCGCUCGGUACCAUACGGACCAGGACGAUGCGCGGCAUACGAGCUUGAAUUCCGUGUGGCAUAUGCUGUCGGCCGCGGUGGCCACGACGGAGGGGCUAGUCUCGGACGCCAGCGGCCGGUUUGAAGGGCUGCCGCGCGAGGAUGGUCGGAUUGCCAGUGGAUCUGGGCCGAGAGGUGUGUGGUUCGAUCUGUUCGGGAGCACCUUUGUCGUCUUCGAGCUGCACACGCUGUUUGCGCUGUCGGUGACGCUGCUGAUCGUGGCGCCGCUCGUUCUGCUGGUGACGAGCAUCGCGCUGACUCGCGCGGACAAGAUGUACCUGUUCCGGUCGUCGGCGUCCCCGGAGGACAGCGACGGCAGCGAGAAGGUGCCCUUGCAGGGGGUUCGGGGCUUCUUCCGAUUUCCCUUUCUGCUGGUGAUCCCCACGGGGUUGACGGUGGGUCUGGCGUAUCUGGUGACCAAGUUCAACCCGUACAUCAUCCACAGCAGCGAGUAUGCCGUCUGGAGCAUGAUGGUAUCCGCCUGGGUGUUCCUGGCGUGGUUCGUCUCGCGCGUAGCGGACUUUGCGCGGCCGUCGGCGUUUCAUCGCGUGUACACGCUGACCUGGCUGUUUCUCGUGGAGUGGGUGUUGCUGGUCAUUGCCACGGUCUACGAGAACAAGUACGGUCUGGCCGGGGGCUAUUUUGUGUUUUUUGCAUUUGCGGGCACGUUCCUUGCGACGUGGAUUUCGUAUCUGGAGCUGUUUGCUCUACCACGCAAGUCCGAGUACGCGACUCAGCUUGCACUGCCCUCUCGGCGGGCCAGUAGCCACGGCAGCCGGCUGGGCACGGCCUCUGGCGAGGAUGUUGAAGAAGGCGAGGACGAGGAUGACGACGGCAUCGCGGCGGAGGCCACAGAGACGACCUCAUUGCUGCGCGGACAACGCACCACCUUUGCCAACUACGUCCGGGUGACGGGCGACUAUCUACGCGACGACGACGACGAGCCGCGCCAGCCCAACCUGUACGGCCACGAGCAGGCCUGGAGCGUCCACCUGCCCAAAUGGAUUUGGGUGCUGCAGUUUCUGUUGACCGCGCCGCUUGUUCUGAUUUUCGUGGGACCUCUCGCGCUGCUGCUUACGUCCGCCCUGCGCCAGACCGGCCAGGAUGGCAGCUCCUCGCUCUUGAUCUACAUUGCCAUCGCCGCGCUCACGACCCUGCUCUUCAUGCCGCUUCUCCCGUUUAUCCACCGAUACACGCACCACAUCCCGCUUUUCCUGCUGUUGGUGUUCGCCGGCACCCUGAUCUACAAUCUCGUUGCCUUCCCCUUCUCCCCCGCGAACCGGCUCAAGCUUUUCUUCAUCCAGGAGGUGGACCUCGACACGGGCGUCAACCACGCCUCCCUAAGCGGCGCAUACCCCUUGGUCCACGACGUCGCCAGCUCCCUCCCCAGCGCCGCCGGCCAAAACAUCACAUGCGAUCUGGAUCUGCUCCGACCCAAGUGUUCCUGGCAUGGGAUUCCGCCGCAGGUAGUCCAGUUUCAGUCUGAAGCAUCAAAGAUGAAAGACUGGCUCUCGUACAACAUCACCCAAUCCGACCACGAGCCAAAAGCCCAGUUCAACAUUUCCGGCCGCAACACCCGCGCCUGCAAACUCGUUUUCGACAGACCCGUUGUGGAAUUCACGGUCGCGGACUCGGCGUAUGAUCCGCGCUUCCCGCAUGUUUCUCCGGACGGCACGAAGGAGAUCCGGCUCUGGAGUCGCGAGUGGGGACAUACCUGGACUGUGGAUGUGGAGUGGUCUGAGACCGACGGAACCGAUGAAAAAGGGCUCGGGCUGAGUGGGAGGGUAAUCUGUCUCUGGAGCGAUGGGAAUACGGCGGGAGUGAUUCCGGCGCUGGACGAGGUGAGACGGUAUGUUCCUGUCUGGGUGGGGGUGAGUAAAUUGUCCGACGGGCUUGUGGAGGGGAGUCGACGUUUCCAGAUAUGA